AUGGAGACCUUAUGUGUCAAACUACCAAGUUCUUCAGAUGCUUCAAGCAUCUCAGCCACAUCAGAGGAUGAAACUCAAAACAACUCCGGCAAAGGCGAAAACACCACGACGGCCGACGCCGCCUCCAAACAGGAAGAGGAAGUGUUUGUUAACGUCCAACGGUCUCACGAACACUCGUCCAACGAUCCGAAAUCAGGGUUUCGUCUUUCACUGAAUGACAAGUUCUCUGAGGACGAAUCGGUUGAACUCAAACUUUCUUCGUCGUUGAAGCAGCAGUCGUCGAAAGCUAGGGCGUUCACCUGCGGUUUCUGCAACAAGGAGUUCUCGACGUCUCAGGCGUUGGGGGGGCAUCAGAACGCGCAUAAACAGGAACGGGCGAUCGCCAAGCGACGUAAAGAGACCGACUUAGGGGUUUUGGGACCUUUGUGUCAUGGCCAAUAUCCUUAUUACUCGUAUUCGAGCCUGUCUCAAGGCUUUUUGUGUGGAUCUUUUAAUAGGUCUCUUGGGAUACGGAUGGAUUCUUCUUCUUCUUCUUCUUCUUCUUCUUCUGCAUGGAUUCAAAGGCCUGCAACAGUUCCGAGUUAUCAAUGGAGCUCACUCGGUUAUCAUUUUGGCCAUGGCGGCAUCGUGAUGGAUAGUUUCCAGGCUCAGAAGAGCAGCGUUUCGACAGCUACAUCUAUGUCCAUGGCUGCAGCUUCGAGCGUUGGAAAAGCAAAAAUAUCGAUGACAAGCAAUCUCCAUAUACCAAAAAGUGAGGAGGAGGAGGAUGAUAAUUCCGGGCUUGAUUUGUCUCUUAAGCUUUAA